AAUCCCGCUGGCUUGGCAUUGGUCGCCUCGCGGGCGCCGAGCGAGCAACAAUAAUAUGGCGACUGAAAGCGAAUCCUUCUGUCAAACGGACGACGAAUCGUGCGAAAAACUCAGCGAUUCCGAGGAGGAGCUUGAAGAAUGUAUUGUCGCUCCUAUAGACAAACUCGGGGUGGUAGGGAGAUGGAUGCGCCAUCGACUUCUUGGUUCGAUUCUCAUGGGAACGCCUCCCCUCGUUGCGAUACAGCGGAGACGGUCACCUUUUCGAACCACUAUAAUGAAGAUAAACAGUUUCUUUGGAACAGAAGAGUUCUACACUCCCCUAGUUUGUCUGAUGACUUGGGUGAUUGAUGCAAAACUUGGCAGACUUAUUUGCUUCCUUAUGGGGAUUGGCUUCUAUGUCGCUGGAUUUGUUAAGAACUUGCUUUGCCUGCCAAGGCCUUCAAACCCACCAAUUGUUCCUCUUGAGCCAAGCUCAUUUGAGACGUGGGGACUUCCAAGUCAUCAUGCAGUGCUUGGUGUGUUAAUCCCAUGGUAUAUAUGGCUCUAUUCACUUCUUCACUUCAACUUUUCCCAGUGGCAGUUCAUCACUCUGUUUGCUGUCAUAGUUCUAUGGUCUGUGUCCGUCAUGUUUAGCCGACUCUACUUGGGUGUCCACAGCCCAGCUGACAUUGUCGUUGGUGGAAUUAUUGGCUGCAUUAUCCUCUCCAUUUGGGUUAGGGCAGACAACUUCCUGGACAGAUCAAUCAGCUUUGGCAAUAAUGUCAUACCCCAGGUCAUCAUAUAUUCCAUAAUAUUACUUGCUGUUCACCCACGACCUGAGGCAGAGACCAACUCCUUCUUUGAAACAGUAUGCAUGACUGGUGUGACUGUUGGUUUCGCCAUCGGCCGGUCUACCAUUGCCAAGCACUCAUCUAUCUUUAAAGCAGUCAUGGAGUCUGCUGAUGAGUCAUCUACCUGGCCUGCUAUUGCCUGGGUCUCCCUGACGCGCCUUGUUAUAGGUUAUGCACUUGUGAUGAUAACCCGUGCCAUCUGCAAGGAGGUAUUCAUGUUUCUAAUAUCACUUGCCUACCGUGUGGUGGACAUUGAGUACUUCAGUGGAAGAAAAAUCACCAAUUACUACUUCCAUACAGCCUACAGCAGUUCAUUUAAACUGCCUCCUGUUGAAGACCAGAAAAGCAAAAGAAAGAUUCGCAAAGUCAAGUCCAGAUCUGAGAAUAUCCGGACAAAGUGGAACAUUGAUUACCCAGUGCGCUUCCUGACGUAUGCUUGUAUGGGAUGGAUGUGCAUUUGUGGGAAUCCUUUGCUUUGCCAUAGCUUAGGGCUGACUUUGUAGGUCCUCAAAGGUCAAGUACUAGUACAAGGCUGACAUCAGUUGACUGUGUCUGGCCUGAUUACUGAGCUUCUUCCUAGUGGCCAAUACCAACAUAAAAACAUCAACAACCAGGGCGCAUAUGAAGAAGAUGUCAACCUAACGACAUAAAGAAACAAAACUUUAUAUUUUUCUUAUGUCAUGAUGCAGAUGAAGGUGGCAUUUUCAUUGACUGUUCAUCCCUGAAAUAGUAAGUAAGGAAGGUACAGCACUAUUGUGUCCCAAGCUUUAGUUGAUAUAGGUCAAUAUUACAGUGGUGUUUCUAGGGGUUUCUAAAGGCUUGCUUGACCCUUCAUGGCCAGUCUUGCCUUGUAUUAAACCUCGAGGGUUUUUUUUGUAACCUGGUUCUGCCACUGUAUUGGGACAUCUUAACUUGUCCAACUGUAAAAAGCAUCAAAAUUUUAAAAUCAAGAUAAUAGACAGUUUUUUUUUAUUUUGGUAAAAAAGGAGGCUGUAGCCAGGGUAACAGCGAAGCAAGCCACUUGCCUCAGCUAGAUUAUCUCACUUAGCCCCAUAGCCAGUAUGUGGCUAGCUGAGGCACAUGCCUCAGUCAUGAUUCAGCUAGAAAAGUCUAGUUGUACUUUUAUGCCAUAUUGCUGUGGUCGUGAUAAUUUUGUUUUAUUCAUUUGCCUUGGUCAUAAAGUAUUUGUGGCUAUGACCCUGCAGAGCAAAUAAGUUCUCCAAAUGAAAUAUGGCUUGUGGGUAGUGGGAGAGAAGAGUUAAAAGUUUUAUUUUGAAUAAGGAUUAAGCUUGCACAUUGUAGACAUAGAUUAUACAUGCCAUCAUUGCAUUAUAUUUCUCAAACCAGUCGUUUUAGAUUGGUACAUAUUUGUGUUCACCCUCUCAAAUUAUUAUGAAAUCAUAUAUAAUAUAUUCAAAGUAUACACAGUCCCAUCGCCAGGUAUUUGAGUGGAGGGUGGGAGUUCAUUUACUUAUUUAGUGGAUCAUUUUCUCUUAAGAGGUGGAGGUGGUAAUCAGUUUUCUUUUAUUUGAGCGACCUUCCAGUCAAGUGGGGUGGUUCUUCUGAACCCCUUGAAACCCCCCCCCCCCCCCCCGUCACAGGUCUGAUACACAAGUUCAAACACUAAGCUAUCAGAUCAUAUUUUGGUUAUAACCAUACCGCUUUUUUGUAAAUGAUAUUGUUGUUGUUAUAGGACUUCCAAUUUUAUUUAAUGGCAUGUCCUUACUACAUUAAAAUAAAUAAAUAAAAGAAAUCAGAGUUUACAGUGUAAUGUAUGCUACCCUGGCCACCUCGACUCUUGUGUAGCGAGCCAUUAUAGCCAAAUAAGUUGUUUGAUGACCACAGAUGAUUCAAAUCCAUUCCUAGUCUGGGGAUGGUGGGUAGUCAAUCUUAAUACCUUGAACAAUCAAUUGCCUUGUUGUGUGAAUUCAAAUGGUUUAUGACACGACCGUAAAAAAAUGAAAGCCAUCACUUGUUUAGGAUGGUUGACUUGACUUGCCAUAUUCCCAAAUGAGACAAGGAUUUUGGAUUCACAAAGGUCGCACAAAAUCUAUCUACUUGGCAUCAACUGCACUAGCUAACUAGUGUGGUAAGCUAACGCUUUACAGUAGUGCACAUAAGAACAAGAUUGAAUGACAUUUGUGUCAAUCAAAACAGUCUUGCAUGUUAGUUGACCAACUUUCUCAAAACUUGGUGGCCUUGGCAACAGGCAUAACUAUAAAAUUAAUCACAAUAAUGAUAAUUUUAACAAAAAAUCAAGAGUAUUUUAUUAUUGAAGCAAAUUUUACAUAGCAGAGGGCUAUUUAGCAAUAUUCUAUGUAAAGAUUGUCUGAGAAAUACAUACAGUAUGGAUAAUUUGAGCCAAUUAUUAUAUCUUUUCAUUGUCAAAAUUACCAAUAAUAGUAUAUCUCAAAAAUCAGUGAAAUAAAGUGAUAUAAGAAAAUAGGAGAAGUGAGUGAUGAGUUAGUCAUAAUUGUGUUUCACUGGUUUUUGGGAAAUAGUCUAGCUGGUCCAAAAUUUCCAUCAGAAAACAAAUUUCUUCAAAACAAAUUAUUAUAUGUUACAAAUGUAUAACUUAUUUGUUAAUAUUUUAAUGUAGUUUACUGCAUAACAUUAUAAGUGUAAUAAAGAUUUUGCAACUGA